AUGGCCAACAACUGCCCUGCCGCGGGCGCGGGGAAUUGCCACCCGCCGCCGCAGCCCCAGGGGGCCCAGCCGCAGCACCCGCAGGCCGGGGCCGUCUUGCUGCCCCCGCUGCCGCUCCAGAGCGCGGGCCCGAAACCGUCGGCCUCGGGCAAGCAGGGCAACGUCCUGCCUCUGUGGGGGAACGAGAAGACCAUGAACCUGAACCCCAUGAUCCUCACCAACAUCCUCUCCUCGCCUUACUUCAAAGUGCAGCUGUACGAGCUGAAGACCUACCACGAGGUGGUCGAUGAGAUCUACUCCAAGGUCACACAUGUUGAGCCUUGGGAGAAAGGGAGCAGAAAAACAGCAGGCCAGACAGGGAUGUGCGGAGGGGUGCGUGGUGUUGGGACUGGCGGUAUAGUGUCCACAGCCUUUUGCCUGCUGUACAAGUUAUUUACCCUGAAGCUUACCCGUAAACAAGUGAUGGGACUAAUAACCCAUACAGACUCCCCAUAUAUCAGAGCCCUUGGAUUCAUGUAUAUUAGGUACACACAGCCUCCAACAGAUUUAUGGGACUGGUUUGAAUCCUUUCUUGAUGAUGAGGAGGACCUUGAUGUGAAAGCAGGUGGUGGCUGCAUCAUGACCAUUGGAGAGAUGCUGCGCUCUUUUCUGACUAAGCUUGAAUGGUUUUCUACGUUAUUUCCGAGGAUUCCAGUACCAGUCCAGAAAAACAUUGAUCAACAAAUUAAAGCCAGACCUAGAAAAAUCAAGAAAGAUGGCAAGGAGGGAAUAGAAGAAGUGGAAAGACACGCAGAACGUAGACGUUCAAGGUCUCCAAGAAGGUCCUUGACUCCCAGGAGGUCACCUAGAAGAUCAAGAAGCAGAAGUCGUCAUCGGGAAGGUCGUGGGUCAUCCAGCUUUGACAGAGAACUGGAGAGAGAGCGAGAACGACAAAGACUAGAGCGUGAAGCAAAGGAGAGAGAGAGGGAGAGGCGAAGAUCCCGAAGUUCUGAUCGGGCACUGGAACGGAGGCGAAGUAGAAGCAGGGAAAGGCACAGAAGUCGAAGCCGUGAUCGAAAAGGAGACAGACGAGAGAGGGAGAGGGAGAGGGAGAAAGAAAAUGAACGUAGGAGGAGGAAAGAGCGGGACUAUGACAAAGAAAGAGGCAAUGAAAGGGAAAGAGAGCGCUCUAGGGAGAGAGAGCGCUCUAGAGAAAAAUCAAAAGACAGAAAAAGUAAAAGUGAAAUAGAAGAGAAGAGGCACAAAGAUGAAAAAGAUGAAAGGAAGCACAGAGAUGAGAAAAGAGAUGCCAAGAAAGAGAGGAGACACAGUAGGAGUCGAAGUAGGGAUCGAAAGCGUAGGAGUAGAAGUGUGAGUAGGAAUGCUGGCAAGCACAGUAGAAGCAGGAGCAAAGAGAAGUCAAGUAAACACAAAAGUGAAAGUAAAGAGAAAUCAAAUAAGCGGAGUAGGAGUAGGAGUAGAGGAAGAACUGAUAGUGCUGAAAAGUCCCGAAAACGAGAGCUUAGUCCCACUAAAGAGAGAUCAACAAAACGUAGUAAAAGCAAAGAACGUUCUCAUAAGCAUGACCCCAGUGACAAGGACCACUCAGACAAACAUGAUCAUCAGAGGAGCCAAAGUACAGAACGAGAGAAUCAAGAAAAACAAUCUAAAAACAAAGAUGAGACUGUAUGAAUGUUCAGAAGUGGAUCAUAUUGAAUCCUGUAAAUGUUUGAAAUCUGGCUUAUUUUUUUUCUUAAAGUUGAAGUUGUGCAGUAGUUGAUGAGCACUCUUCUUCAAUCUCCUAGGCUGCAGAUUGUCAUUUCCUCUUUUGAGUAGGGAAGUGCCUUUGUAAUCCCAUUAAAUGCAUUGACUAUUCCAGCCCAUUUGUUUAGUUUCAAGAUACAAAUCUGUGCAUUUUUUUAACUUGUUCAAAUGUAUCUGAAGUGUACAAUCUGUACAUAUGUCCUGAAACUGUUCUAAUCCCUUUGGCAUGGUUUGCCAUGUUGGUUAAAUUUGUAUACGGCAAUAAAACUGCCACUAAUUCUACUUUGUUUUAUAGAUGUGGAAUUAUGGUUUCUCUCUUUGAAUUAGCAUGGCUGUGCUUUGCAUAAUAGUAUGGCAAAAGCUUUUAAGGAUGGGUCUUGAACGUGUAUUAUAGCUAAAAUAUUUAUGUGCAUUCGACGUCCAUGAAGGCUGAAGUUCUAGAACUCUUGUGUCCAUUUGUACUUCUUGUCUUGGGAAAGCAUUCAAAAUGUGUUUUUAUUUGUGACAUUCAAAAAGGCAUUACUUUUAAGAUAGGCUGUUCAAGGGGGUAGCAAUUUUUAAGGCAGGGAUUUAGGAGUUGCCGACGCUUAUGUAGUUUAUGCUACCUCAUAGGGAUGUUGAUAAGCCUAUACCAUAUCUACAUAGACUUUGUGGCUCACUUUCAUUGUUCUUGUAAAGAUUCCAUACAAUAUCCCUAGGGUUUGUUUGUUUUUGG